AUGCAGCGAGAAUCCCGCGGCGCAUCUGGCGACAAGAGCCGUUGGCGAGAGCUUCUCGAUUUCCUUUUCUUCAACGUCGCAAAGCCUGGCGAGAGCUUCUCGCCCUGUGUUACCCCACCCCCUUUUUCCCCACCUUCCCCGUCCUCACCCCCACACCCCACACACCUGCGUCAUGCAUGCUGCUCUCCUUUCUCUCAUUGGCAGGAGGCCCUUUCUGACUUCUCCAGCUACCUGACACGUGGCGUGCAGCGACGGGCGGAGCUGCUGGUGGCGUACAAGGUGGAGCAGAAGCUGGACGCGUACAUCCCAGAUGGACUCUCGUACACGGACGCCAUGAAGAUGCAAAUCUCUCUCUACAUCGCCAAGGGUUACGUCGCUCCCUACUUUCCCCCGGAGGACCCCGAGGAGGAGGCUUGGGAGGCGGAGGAGGAGGCUCAGACGAGGCUCGAGGAGGAGAAGCGGAGGCAGCAGGAGGAGGGGCAGGAGAGCAGCGGGUUCUGGAGCCUGUUUUCAUGGGAUGAUGGGGAGGAGGAGGAGCAGGUGAAGGAAGAGAAGAAGGAGGCUGAGUCUUACCUCAUGAGCUUCUUCGAUGGGAAAGUGGAUGAGAAACCAGAAGAAGCAAAGGCCGAGGCGGAGAGGAUCGCAGUGGCACGAUACGCACAGAAGAAGGCCGAAGCAGAGGACGCGGCAAAGGAGGAGGAAGAGGAGCAGGGCGUGCUCGCCACUAUCAGCAACUACUUCAGCUCCAGCUAG